AUGGAGGGAGGAGACCAGGAUGCCUUGCCACGCCACUUUAAGGAGGGUAAAUACUCCCAAGGAUUUAAGGGGAAAUCCUUAAUCAGGGCCCGUGUGAACCUGCUGAAGUUCAACAAGGCCAAGUGCAAGGUCGUGCACCUGGUCUGGGGCAAUCCCAAGCACAAUUACAGCCCAGAAGACCAAUCGGGUGACAGAGAUAAUGCCUGCAUGAGGUGUGAGCAGGUGGAGGAUCUGAUCAGCCUGGUGGCAGAGCUCAAGGAGGAGGUGGAGAGAUUAAGGACCACCAGGGAGUGCUGUGGAAACCUCUCCUUGUCUCCUCUUCCUCUUUCUCCUCCUCCACAUCUCCUCCCUGGGUGGCAACCUGCACCCUGCACCCUUGAACUUCCGUGCAAUGGUGGCACCGCCUGGCAGGGUGCCAGGGCAUGGCACGGCACAGCACGGCAGUGUCGGGAGCGGGCCCAGCCAAGCACCCACGCCGGGGCCGACCAGGACGAGGACCUGCCCAUGGGAUGCGUGGAGCCGGACAGCGAGGGGCAGCCAGGCUGGGAGGGGGCCCCAGCUGCAGCCGUGGCCCUGGAGGAGCCGUGUGGUCUGGUGCUGAGCACACCGAGCCGCAUCCUGCGGGACAGGGAGACCAAGGAGCUGGGGCCCCACCUGCCCCCCCGGCUGCAGCAGCAGCCCUGGCGCCUGCUGUACUGCACUGCACGGGAUGGCUUCAGCCUGAGAACCCUGUACCGGCGUGCCGGCCCGCCGAGCUCCCCUGCACUGCUGCUCAUCCGAGACACCGAUGCACAGGCCUUCGGUGCGUUCUUCGCUACCACCAUUCACAUGAGCAACGACUUUUACGGCACAGGGGAAACAUUUCUCUUCUCUUUCUACCCAGAGCUGAAGGUGUUCAGGUGGACGGGCAGGAACAACUUCUUCAUGAAAGGAGAUGUGGACUUGCUGAUGGUCGGCGGGGGCAGUGGCAGGUUUGGGCUGUGGCUGGACGGGGACUUGCACCACGGGGGCAGCUACCCCUGCGAGACCUUCAACAAUGAGAGCCUCUCGCUGCGGGGGGAUUUCUGCGUUCAGGACCUGGAGGUGUGGGGCCUGGCCUGA